AUGUCCAACAGCAGCUCUCUCAAUGAGUUCCUCCUCCUGGUGUUUGCAGACACCCGGGAGCUGCAGCUCUUACACUUCUCCUUCUUCCUGGGCAUCUACCUGGCUGCCCUCCUGGGCAACGGCCUCAUCAUCACAGCUGUAGCCUGUGACCACCACCUCCACACCCCCAUGUACUUCUUCCUCCUCAACCUCUCCCUCCUUGACCUUGGCUCCAUCUCCAUCACUGUCCCCAAAUCCAUGGCUAAUUCUCUCUGGAAUGCCAGGUCCAUUUCCUACUUGGGAUGUGCUGCUCAAGUCUUCCUUUUUACUUCUCUGGUUGGAGCUGAGUGUUCUCUUCUCACAGUUAUGGCCUAUGACCGCUUUGUUGCCAUCUGCAAACCCCUGCACUACAGGACCCUCAUGGACAGCAGAUCCUGUGUCAAAAUGGCAGCAGCUGCCUGGGCAGCAGGUUUUCUCAAUGCUCUCCUGCACACUGGAAACACGUUUUCACUACCUCUCUGCCAAGGCAACACAGUGGACCAGUUCUUCUGUGAAAUCCCCCAGAUCCUCAAGCUCUCCUGCUCUGACCUCUACCUCAGGAAAUUUGGCCUUACAGUGGUUACUGUCUGUUUAAUAUUUGGGUGUUUUGUUUUCAUCGUUCUGUCCUAUGUGCAGAUCUUCAGUGCUGUGCUGAGGAUCCCCUCUGAGCAUGGCCGGCACAAAGCUUUUUCCGUGUGCCUCCCGCACCUGGCUGUGGUAGCUCUGUAUAUCAGCACUGGCUCAUUUGCCUACCUGAAGGCCUCCUCCAUUUCCUUUCCAGCUCUGGAUCUAGUGUUGGCUGGUCUGUACGCGGUGGUGCCACCAGCCAUGAACCCCCUCAUCUACAGCAUGAGGAACAAGGAGCUCCAGGAAUCACUGAAAAGACUGAUUCAGCUGGAACUAGCUCAGCAGCAAUGA